GUUAUUCACCGCCUUAGGGUUUGCUUGCAGCGGGGAAGCUACGAACUCUGUUUAUACUUUAUUCAAAAGCAAUCAAAAGUUCCCUCUCCAAACGCUGCGUUUCGGUCGAUUUCUGACUCUGAGUUCAAGAAAAUGCUGAAGGUUGAAUCCUUUACCUGACCAUUCAUCUCAAGAUCCUGAUAAUAGAACUUAUUAGCCAUGAAGGUGCGAUCAUCAGUGAAGAAAAUGUGUGAGUAUUGUAGAACAGUCAAACGUCGUGGGCGAGUAUAUGUACUAUGCACAGCCAAUCCCAAGCACAAGCAACGACAAGGCAUGUCAACAUUUGCCCAUGAAGGCCCUCUUCCUCCAAUGUCCUCAGAGAUGAAUGCCAAGCAGGAGAUCUCACGGAACCACAGGUUGCAGGGAGGUCUGGCAUCUAUUAUACCCAAGAAGCCUGAGCCAUCUAUGAUGUAUGGAUGGAGAGCAUCUCUGGCAUCUCUCCUGUUCAAGCAGGUGAAUUAGCAGCAGAAGGAAAAACAAAAACAGAAAUAUGACAAUUUAUCCUGUGAUGGUGCCUUUCUAUAUUUUCCUUGUUUUGGUAAUUUGCACUGGGUUGGCUGCGAUAGUAAUAAAUGAGAAUUAAUAUUUAUAUAGAGGAUAAGGCAGCCAACCGAUUAUUUUCUUUUUCCUUCCAUUGUUUGAAAAUGGAGGGUGGGGUUUGGGUUGGUGCUGGUGUGGUUAACGGUUGGUGCCGGUGGUUAGGAACGGGUUGGUGUUGGAGUGUUACAGGUACUCUGCCUUCUGCAAUAUCCAUGUCCUGCAAACAGAUGUUGGCUUCAACCUCAAAUCAACUACCAACUUCCUAUUUUGACCUCCCA